GGGGAGGACCCAGUCGACAGAUCUUGGAUGAAGAACUGGUUGGCCUUGUGGUUACGACUGUGGUUUAUACCUGAAGAGAUCCCGAUUCAGUUCCCAAAACUGCUUUAGACUUCUUGGCUGGACCUGGAACAGAGCAACAGUGGCUGUGCAUCACCAUGGAGGACUGCCUUCACACUUCCUCUGAAAACCUUGCUAAACUGGUCAGCUGGGCCCAUAGCCAUGGAACUAUUUGUAGCCUCAUUCCAAACCUCAAACAUCUAUUGUCAGAGGGGUCCCAUGGCAACCUGACAGCUAUGUGGGGCUGCAGUGCGGGCCACGCCUAUCACUGGCCACUCACGGCAACCUGUCGGGCUGGCUCACAGGAAAGAGUGUGUUUCCAGGACAACAGAAGCUUCAAUUCGGACAGUCCCAGCAUCAUAGGCAUGCCCUCAGACACACAAACCAGCCCUGUGGAGCGGUACUCUGGAAGGCCAGGGAAAGCCAAGCUGGACUGUAACAGAACCAGAGAUUCGUGCGAUUUCUCCUACUGCAGUGAGCCUUCUGAAUUAGACGAAACUGUGGAGGGAUAUGAAGACGAAGGGACGCUUUUCGAUAUGGUCUGCGAGUCCUCCGUGACAGACGAAGACAGCGACUUUGAACCUCAUCCGCAAAGAACUCAGACCGUUUCACGCAAAAGGCCAGGCCCGAGCCUAUCCUCCUCAUUUCAUUCGGGAUCUCAGGUUGAUGGGAGCAACAGUGAUCCCGUGGUAACAAAAAUCAAGCAAGAAAUCCCUGAGGAUUAUUAUAUUGUAGCCAAUGCAGAAAUUACCGGCGGCAUUGAUGGGCCCACAUUAUCGCUGACCCAAAUGUCAAAACCCAAAACUCACCCUGGAGCUUCCUACCCUGGGCCACCUAAGCCAGCUUCUUCACUCGGUGCUGACUUUGAUUUACAAAGCGUCUCUGCCUCUUCAUCUGUCAUAUCGCGGCCUGUAGUUCAGAAGCCCGCGAAAGUAACUUUGGCUUCUCCAAGCAGAGGGCCUGGCAGCACCCCGGCACCUAACGCCCAGGGAGCCCUCCAGGUUCCAGCCACCACUUCCAACACCGGAAAACAAAUAAGCAUUCCUUUAUCGGCUUUGCAGCUUCCUGGGCAAGAAGAGCGAGCGACCUCCGAAGAUCUCCAGCCUGCGCCAAAUCAAGUUCCCAGUGAUUCAGCGUUAUCGCCUUCCGUUAGCACGGAGCCGGAAGUUAGCUCUAGCCAGCAACAGCCAAGUGCUGCUCCCGCUGUGACCACUGAGCCAAUGGCCCAGACGAUACCAGAUCAAGACGAGAGAGCAGCAGAACUGAGCCGAGAGCAGAACGAGAAGACGAUCCGCAGCACCCAAACGGCUCUCCGUAACUUCAGAGAAUUCCUGAUCUCUAAAUAUCCCACAGAAACUCGAGAGAUCUACGUCAUUCCUUGCAAAGAACUGGAUGCUUACCUGGCUUCGUUCUUCGUCGACGCCCGUCAGAAGGACGGUUCAGAAUAUGAGCCAAAUAGUUUGGCCAACUACCAGUGUGGCCUAGAGCGGUAUCUGAAGGAACACAGAUAUGGAUACAGUAUUACCCGGGAUAAGGAAUUCAAGAGGUCGCAAGAAGCACUGAAGCAAAAGCAAAUGGAGCUACGCUGCAAAGGCAAAGGGAAUAAGCCGCACAAGUCCAUGAAGCUUACUUUUGCCGAUGAGCUUAUCCUGCGAAAAAGAGGCUUGCUGAGCCGUUAUAAUCCCGAGGGAUUGCUAAAUCUUGUCUGGCUUAACAAUACCAAAGCUUUUGGCCACUGUACAGGUUUCCACGGGUCAACUCUCAAAUGGGGGGACAUUAGGCUUCGAGUGACGGAGACCGGAUUGGAAUAUUUGGAAUGGAUGGGCCAAGACAGCGGCGAUGGCAACAACAAAACCAAGAGGGCGGGCACGGACUCCAGGGUGUAUGCCACACAGCAUGCGCCACAGACCUGCCCAGUGCAAGACUACAAAGAGUAUGCACAAAGGCGGCCCCCGGCCAUGCGGUACGAGGACGCCCCUUUCUACCUGUCCAUUAAGCCGGUGGUCAAUCUGGCUGCGCUUCACUGGUACAACUGCCAAGCUCUCGGUAAAAACAAGCUGGCCAAGAUGGUUAAGACCAUGUGUGAGAAGGGGAACAUUCCAGGUCGGAAAACCAACUUCAGCGUAUACCAGAGCUGCAGCACUCUCUCGGAAGCUCAGAGCAACCAGCUGGUGCUAAUCUGCAACAAUUUAAGCCAACAAGCUGCUCAGUCCAUGGCUGGCCACUCCAGCUCGGGCAACUUCAUAGUGUCUGCAACUUAUGACUCUUCCUCGGAUACCGCUUGACAGGAUUGGAAGUUGAAAACAGUCUUGCGUUUCAAGCAGAGGUGUGUGGCCUAUAGGGACAUGGGGUCACCCAUGUUCCCGGGCAUACGCCUUUUGGUCAUGUGGGGGAUGUCAGGUGCCCCCCCCACGUGACCAAAAGGUGUGCGUCCCAGCCACACGCCACUGAGCCAUGCCCCCCUCCUCCCUGCAGGGAGGCGGUAGGGCUCGGCGGCGGGUGGCUGCAACACCUGCCUGGGCUGCUAAGCCCCGCCCCUGGCCUCCAUGCAGGCUGGCUUUUGCCCUCCCCAGGCCCUGCCAGUCUGCACGAGCAUGGGGGGGAAGUGCGGGGGGGGGGCGCUUGGAGAAGUGGUUGUGUCAGGGCGCCAUUUCCCCCCGAUACGCCUCUGGUUUCAGGCUUUGGAACUGCGCCCAAUACCACACAUCAACUGUGACCGUACACUGCUCUCCCCGUUUACUUUUUCCUAAUAUCAAUUCACUUUAUUGAAAUAAAUAAUAUAUAUUUUUUCUUUUUACAACUGAAUCAAUAGAAAUAGUUUAGUAUAAUUUAUAUACUAUUUAUAGUGCUUACAAGAAAAAAAAAGAAUGAAACCUACAUGGGAUGGUAAUAUAAUGGCAGGUUAUAAACAUGGGGGAUAGUUUUUGAGCAGACAUGAGACAGACCAUAAUUUUUUAUGUAAAAUUAACUGAGAAACGAUCUACACUACACAUUUAAACCACUGUUAAUUUACCCUAGUUGUCACUACUUUCCCAGUGGUUACUUGUACUGUAAUCAUUAGUAGUGGUUAGGUCAGACCACAAUUGAGGAGUCCUGGGUUCAAAUCUCCACUCUGCUAUAGAAUGGGUGACCUUGUACCAGUCACUCUGAGCCUAAUCAAUCUUACAGGGUUGUUGUAAGGUUAAAAUGAAAGAAGGGAGAAUAGGCUGCUUUGGGUCCCUUAGAGUGUAUUAAUACACAGAUAAAUAUAAAUAAUAUAUAGGUGCUGAGGUUCCCUUGUUCCUUGCCAGAACUAUAUUUUCCAUUGUUGUUUUGUUGGGAGUCAGGAUAACUGAAUAGAUACAAACCUGCUUUAAAUUUAAAACGUAGAUAGAUCCUGAGAAGAUCCUCUGGAAAGGCGUCGUUAAUCAGUGGGAAUUGAGUACAUAAGAACAUAAGAACAAGCCAGCUGGAUCAGACCAGAGUCCAUCUAGUCCAGCUCUCUGCUACUCGCAGUGACCCACCAGGUG